UCUCAAGCCGACUACGGUUGCAUAGAGACAGCGGGCAUGAUAGUGCGCAGCAUCACCGGCAAGUCGUACGAGGUGGCGUUGCCGGCUUCAGCCAAGGUGGCGGACAUGAAGGCAGCGCUGGAAGAAGCGUCGGGCAUUCUGGCAGAGCAUCAGAUUCUGCUCUGGGAGGGCCGCAAGCUGGACGAUGAGCGGGCACUGGGCUCGUACGUGGUGCGCGAGGGCUCGGCCGGAGCAGCCGAGAUGCUCUCGCCGCGGUCGACCGGCUCGAUCUCGUCGUCGGACUCGGGCGGGGUGGCGGCGUCGCCGGCGACACCGUCGUCGAUCUUUCUGUUCUCGAAGCAGUUUCUUGCGCCGUCCAAGAGCAGCACGGCGACGGCGGCAGACGCGUCGCUCCUCGAACCGGUGCUCCCGCCGCUGCCUGAGCCGCUCCCGCUCUCGCCGGUCAACCGGUACAACCCGACCGGGGCGCGGUCGAGCGAGGCGACGACCAGCGACGUCAUCGCUCAGUUUGAAUACCACGCGCGGCGGGCUGGCUCUGUCCUCACUGCGGCUGCGGGCGUUGUCCGCGCCAUCCGCACCUCGAUGUCGGAGCAGUACGUCCAGGCGCAGGCGCUGUCUGCAGCGUACACCAAUCUGGGCGUCCACGCCAGCCAAGUCUUUUCGGCGCACGACACAUACUCAGACUACUACGCGCGGGUCUCGGCUACGCACGACCGGCUCCUCUCCGGGUUUGAGGACAACGUCUCGCGAGUCGGCACGAUCUCGCUCCCGCCGACGCUGGCGGCGCAGUUUGGCGCAUCUUCGCUCCUCGACCGCGUCUCGCUCGAUUCGCUCCGCAAGUGGAAGACGGCAUGGUCGGGGCGUCGCGAGUCGUUUGCCUCCAAGAUGACGGAUCAGGCGAAGCGGGCUAGCCAACUUCGUGACGCCAUUGCUGCCGCCACAAACAACUCGGCGCUCGACGUCUCGAUCGACGGACUCUCGGAGCUCCACGCGGAUGCCGAGGGCAUCGAGACCGAGAUGGAGGCCAUUGUCCAGUCGUUUGCCGACGACGUGACGACGGUCCGGGGCUGGGCGCCGCGGGCGUUGCUGACGCACGACACGGCGCUCGACGCGCAAGCCAUGUUCAAGCGGCACGGCUCGCUCCUGCUCAUGCUCCAUGAUGGGUACGAUCGGCUCGUGGCCCGGGCUCUUGAGGUCCGCAGCCAUCAGGAGCAGACGGCGGCCAACACGGCCGAAGCGCUGGUAGCGCUUGCGCAGAUGCAGUCUGAGCUCAAGGCCAUGGGCGAUGCUCUCCCGGUCCACACCAAGGCGCUGCAAGCAGAGAAAAAGGCGUUCCGCCAGUUUGUGGUGCUCGAGCGGUUGCCGUCGGCGUACUACGCCGGCCUUGUCGAGGCCGUCCGCCGCAACCGGUUCAACUCUGCGCUCCGGGCCACACUCGCCGGCUACAUCGACGCCAUCUGGAGCGCGCUCCGGCUCGAGGCCCGUGCCCGGGUCCGGUUCCACAAAUCGCGCGGCAAGUUCCUCACAGAUUCGGUCCUGCCGGGCCUUUCAUCGCGCUCGGUCCGCAUCGACGUGCCGCUGAGGCUCUCGUCGCACGACGCCGAGAAGCCGGCAGUGCCCGAGCUGGACCCCGAGCUCCCGGCGCUCUCGCUCGAGGAGCUGCAGGACUUUCUCGGCGAUGACCUCCCAUACUGGCUGCUCGAUUUGGCGUCGCCGGAGCUGGACCGCUCCAACGUGUCGGACGUCGCGGCGUCGGUGUCGUCGCUCGGCUCGCUCUCGCUCGGGCUCUCGCGGUCGGGAGUGGAGAAUCCUCCUGUCGACGCAGAAGCGGGUGCCGGACUUGACCUCGAUCCCGCGACGCUGCUCGACGCCACCUCGGCCCCGCUCGCCAGCCGGACUGUGGCGCAGCCUGCUGCAAACGUGCCUGUCGACGCCGCGCCGGUUCCGGACGCCGCACUGGUCGCAGAGAUGGAGGCUGGGCGUGCAGGGCUGGAAAGCGUGCUGGCCGCGGUCCCGCGGUUGGCGGCUAGCGCGCCGGUGGUGGCAGCGCUGCAGAGCCAGGUCGAUGCGCUGGCGACGCGAGUGGCGGAGCUCGGCUCAAUCGGCGAGGUUGCCGCACUCGCCGCGCGAGUUGAUGUGCUGCGAACCGAGGUCGAGCACGCCGGCGCUGCAUGUGCGGCUGAAGAGGCUGCCGAGUCGAGCUCGCCGUCAGGCGUCGAUGCGGCAGCACUCGAAGCCGAGCUCGAAGCGACCAAGGCAGCGUCGGCCGCGCGCGAAGCCGAGCUGGAGAGCAAAGCCGAGCAGGCCGCGCAAGCCGCGCGGGUCUUCCACUCGCAGCUCAACGACCUCGGGCAGGCGAUGCUUGCGGCGCUGGGCCGGAUGCAGCAAGCAGACGAGGACGCGCCGCUGCCGAACCUUUCCAAGGUGCUGACGGCGAUGGAGGCGUGCCACGCGAGAGCGGUGGCCGAGCUUGAGGCUGCGCAGGAGCAGCUCUCGGAGCGGGCAGUCCUCGCCGACUUUGCUACCGGUGACCUCGUGGUAGUGGUGGCAGGCGACGAUGCCGAGCGGUGGCAGGUGGUGACCCGCGACGGCGAGGCUCGUCAUGUGGUGGCGAGCGCCGAUGUGGCGCGGCUGGCUCCGGUGGCGCACGGCGCACCGUGGCUGCUCGCCCGCCUCCUAGCGGUGGCGCCCAGUGACGAUGGCAGCGGAAUGGUGGUCCGGGCCGCGCCGCUCGCGCUUGAUUUUUGAUGCAGUGUACCGUCGUGGCUACGUCGAGCUUGCGGUGCGGACAACGGUGACCGCCUGCUUGGCUACACUCUUAGUCAGCUCGAUAAACUUGGUGUCCGGGAACGAGAGCUCGUCAGCGCGGAGGCGGGUGACAACGGCGAGCAUGGCCG